ACCUAUAUAUUAUUCAGAAAUUCGGUUAUUUAAAUUUUUCAUUUAGUCAACCGACGAAUUCAGAAUCGAAGAUAUUUUAAAUAUUUUAACCUUAUAUUCAACAUUCAUCUAUGUAAUCAGUUACUCAUCGUGAAGGACCCAGAGGACUCAUACGUGAAAAGUAAUGAACUAAUGAAUAAUUUAAAAACAUUUAAUAACUGACAAGGUGAAAACUUCUACCACAACGCUUUUCGCAGUUUGUGUUUUGACAAGUCAUAUUUUCUUAAUAUACCAACUUCAUUAAUCAUUGUAAUUUAUUGCUUAACAUCACUAAUAAAAAAAAACCUCACUUCCGUACUCAACAUUCAUCAUUGCGUAGUGUAUACUUUUGAACAAUUAGUACAUAGGAUAAAAACAAGAUGAGCAGUUAUUCUACUCCAAAAAUACUACGCUCCACAGCAAAAUUACCAGAAACACCUGCCUUAGAACGCAUUGGAUAUGGAACAGGUGUCGGUGUGUUCAAUUUGCAAAGAAAAGAUCAGUCGCCGUGGGCAGCAAAAAUUAUCAGUCGUAAUACUGGUAGAGAUCGCAAACAGUUUAGCAACCGUUUGCAGCUGGAAGCCAAAGUAUUAUCAUCACUCAACCAUCCUAAUAUAAUUGGCUACAGAGCAUUUGUCAAAAGACCUGAUGGCCGUGAAGUUCUAUUAAUGGAACAAUGUGAACAAAGCUUAAUUGAUUUGAUUGAAACGCGCAAGGAAGAAAAUCUUGGACCAUACCCUGUAGAAUAUAUUACAAAAGUUGCUGUGGACAUUGCUAAAGCAUUAGAAUAUUUACAUUCAUCCUUAGUAUUGCACGGAGACAUAAAAUCUGGAAAUGUUUUAGUGAAAAAUAAUUUUGAGAUUGUAAAGCUGUGUGAUUUUGGUGUCAGUUUACCUUUAAAAUGUGAUGGAACACUGCAUAAAAUCAAAGGCUGUAGAGCCUUAUACAUUGGGACUCCUUGUUGGUCUGCUCCAGAAGUAUUAAAAGGCGAAGAAUGUUUAGGGGCCAUUAUCACAAGUAAAGCAGAUAUUUUCAGCUAUGGUUUGGUACUUUGGGAGAUGAUGACUUUAUCGUUCCCAAACUCAAGUACAGCAAUUAAUGAAUCAUAUUAUACUGGAAUCAGUGAUGAUUUGGAUGCCCAUUUAGGCGAGACACCGCCAAUACCUGACAGUUUGGCAAGUGAUCCAAGAUACAAACAAAUUAUUGAGCUGUUUAAUAUGUGUACAAUGCAAGAUUAUAAAAAGCGACCUUCAGCAAAACAGAUAUUGCAGUUUAUGGGUAUUUACUAACUUUUAUAUUGUAUGAUCCAAAUAUAAUUUUAGUACCCUUCUUAUAAUUAUUAUUUUUGUUUUAUAUUUUACAAGUGUACAAAUGAGCUUUCCAAGUGUUUAUAAUAUGUUAUCUAUAAGAGUAUUUUUAAGCAUAUCAAAGAUAUAAUUUUUGUGCAAAACUAUUGAUAUUAAAAAAUAUUUAAUUAUAAAAACUUUAUUCAAAUUUCUUUAAAAUCUUAUUCCAACACAAAAAUUGUAUAAU